AUGAGCUACACUCUCUACGACGCCGCCAUCCUCCACACCAAGGAGGCUCUCCAGUCCCUCUCUGCCAUCCUCAAGAAGGCCUCUACCCACGCCAAUGCCUCUUCUUUCCCAGAGGCCAAGCUGGCCCCCGACAUGCUCGACCUGAACUUCCAGGUCUUCUUCAUGACCGACACCGCCCAGAAGAUCGUUGCCCGCACCACCGGCGUCGAGCCCCUCACCCUGUCCCGCGACGACUGCUCCAACUUUGAGCAGUACCAGGCCCGCAUUGCCCAGGUCCUCGAGAUUGUCGAGAAGGCCGACAAGGCCACCGUUGAGAAGCGCGCCGGCGAGACCGUCACCAUUGGUCUCGGACCCGGAAAGAGCGCUGACAUGAAGUCCCGCGACUUUGUUCAGGGUUACGCCAUUCCCAACAUCUUCUUCCACCUCACAACUGCCUACGCUAUCCUGCGAAAGGAGGGUGUUGAGAUUGGCAAGCAGGACUACAUUGGUCCUUUCAUCGGCCAGUACCUCCAGUAA